AUGGCAUCGCCCAUGAGGAGCUUGCUCACCGACCCCGCCAGAUACCUCCAGUCUUUCCACCUCUUCCUCGCGAAUUCGACGGAGCACCAGUGCAUGCGGGAGUUCAUGGAGAGGCAGCUGCCGGACGUGAUAGCGAGUAUUGGAAACGGGAAGUCUACAAUCAAUAUUCUAAGUGUUGGUGGUGGAGCAGGUGAGAUGGACCUGCUGAUCCUCUCAAAAGUGCAAGCCAGAUAUCCAGGGAUCACCAUCAACAAUGAUGUAAUAGAGCCAAGUGCUGACCAAAUCUUCAAGUACAAAGAGCAUGUGGCUGAGACAUCAAACCUCGAGAACGUAAAGUUUACCUGGCAUGAGGAGACAGCUUAUGAAUAUGAAAGUCGAAUGAGUGCAGAAAAGAAGUCUAAAAAAUGGGACUUCAUUCACAUGAUCCAGAUGCUGUACUAUGUGAAAGAUGUCCCAGCAACUAUCCGGUACUUCCACAGCCUCCUGGAAACACAGGCGAAGCUCCUCAUUAUCCUGGUGUCAGGAGGCAGUGGCUGGGAAAUGCUGUGGAAGAAGUACAAGUCUGCCUUGCCUUUAGAUGACCUCUGCUCUUAUGUUUCCUCUGCGGACAUCAAAAGGAUGCUAGAUUCAGCCGGGCUGAAGUACCAGCUCCACGAGCUCCCAUCCCACAUGGACAUAACCAGCUGCUUUAUUGAAGGGAACAAGGAUGGAGAGCUGUUGCUGGAUUUCCUGACAGAAACUUGUGAGUUCUCUAAAACUGCUCCUCCUGAACUGAAGCGCCAGGUGAUGGAAGAGUUAAGAAAGCCUGAAUGCAGUGAAGAAAGAGAUGGAAAGGUGCUCUUUAAUAACAACCUGAGUGCAAUAGUGAUUGAGCCAUGA